AUGAUGAGGCCAUACUGCGAGAGGCUGAGAGGGACGCAGCCAGGGAACUGCUGUCCGGACCGACUGGACGACUGCAGCAGUCCAAUCCUGGACACCCUCUGCUACUGCGAUGAAUUCUGCGACCGUGGCGCCUCUGGCGACUGUUGUCCAGAUUACUUCUCCUACUGCCUGGGCGAGAAGGGACCCGAUCCCGUGAUCGCUGGAUGCAAUCACAGAGGAAGAAAACUUCUGCCCGAACAGAGCGUUGAAGAGAACUGCAAUAUUUGCAAGUGCGUGAAGGUCAGCGACACGCUCGCCGAGCUGAUGUGCGACACCAGCAAGUGCCUAGUGCAGCCGGAGCUGAUCGGCGACAUCAACAGCCAGGACGCCUACGGCUGGAGGGCCAGCAACUACUCUCAGUUUUGGGGAAAGAAGCUCAACAGCGGCCUCCAGUAUCUGCUCGGUACCCGUUACCCCCACGACAUGAUCAACCAGAUGUACCCCAUCACGAAGGUGUUCGACCCGAGCCUGUUGCCGCGCUCGUUCGAUGCCCGCACGAAGCGCGAGUGGCGAGGCCUGAUCGGGCCGGUGGAGGACCAGGGCUGGUGCGGCGCCUCGUGGGCCUUCUCCACGGCCACCACGGCCGCAGACCGGCUGGCCAUCCAGAAUUCCGGGCCGUCGGCGGCUCGACUUCAGCGAACAGAACGUCAUCGACUGCGGCUACGUGCGCGACGACGGCUGUCUGGGCGGCAACCUCGACCGCGCCUGGAACUACUUACGCCGAUUCGGGUGCCGUGCCGUGACAAGUGCCGCAGGACAGGCGUGCCGUAG